UAAGCACGGAAAAGAAGCCGCGAGGCGCAAACGUUUUGGUCAAUAAUAUUAAUUUACUGCAUAAAUUGUUUAGACACGAUUCGCAUUUGUAACAAAUAAGCUGCCAUAAACCCACCAACAUGGCUCUCGUUAAACCGAAAUCCGAACUGACGCCGGAGGAGCUGGCCCGCCAGGAGGAGGAGGAGUUCAACACCGGACCACUCUCGGUGCUGACACAGUCGGUUAAAAACAACACACAGGUACUCAUCAAUUGCCGCAACAACAAAAAGUUGCUCGGCCGCGUCAAAGCCUUCGAUCGCCAUUGCAACAUGGUUUUGGAGAAUGUGAAGGAGAUGUGGACGGAGCUGCCGCGCACGGGCAAGGGCAAAAAGAAGGUGAAACCCGUUAACAAAGAUCGCUUCAUAUCGAAAAUGUUUCUGCGCGGUGAUUCUGUUAUUUUGGUGCUGCGCAAUCCACUUGCCACGGCGGCGGGCAAAUAGACGGCAGCAGAAACUCAUAAUAAUAAACAAUAAAACCAAUUCAUAUUAAACAAA